AUGAUUGCGACGACAAACUCAUCAGAGGGUGGAACACAGACGGAUACGUAUAAAGUAUUGGCAUGUUCCCCCUCCUCGGUAAUUGGGUUACAACAACAAUCGAUCUAUUUCUCAGCGGUUAACAUUUUCCUCUCCAUCACAGCAUUUCUUGGGAACUUUCUAAUCCUUGUUGCCCUUAACAAGGUAACUUCCCUUCAUCCACCAUCCAAACUCUUGUAUCGUUGUCUGGCAACUACUGAUCUGUUGGUUGGUCUUGUUACCCAGCCUCUUUAUGCUACCCAUUGGAUAUCCUUGGUUCGCGAAAACUGGAGUCUUUGUCGAUACGCAGGGGAUGGAAUCCAGAUAUCGAGCUACACAUUAUGUGGGGUGUCUUUGUUGACUUUGACGGCCAUAAGCGUGGACAGACUUCUCGCUCUGUUGUUGGGAAUAAGAUACAGACAAACAGUAACUCUAAAGCGCACAUGUAUCAUGACAGCUACGUUUUGGAUUUUAUCCGUCGCCGCUGGAUCAAUUUCCAUUUCACAUACUCGAAUAACCCGUUGGUAUAGUAUUAUAGUUAUACCGUUAUGCUCAGUGAUCUCAACCGCCUCGUACACAAGCAUAUUUCGCACUCUUAGACAUCAUCAGGCUCAAGUACAUGAUCAUGUUCAAAAACAGCCGAGCCAAAUAAAUGUGCUGAACAUGGCAAGAUACAGGAUGGCAGUAAACAGUGCACUGUGGGUGCAGUUAGCAUUAGUUGUUUGUUAUGUACCACAACUGAUAAUGCUGCUUGUGAUCACUAAUAGAAAAAAUGUUUCUUCACAUGUAAUAGUUAUUGAUGCAAUAACAAAUAUUUUAACAUAUUUUAACUCCACUUUGAACCCGUUUCUUUACUGCUGGAAAGUCAGAGAAGUGAGACAAGCAGUAAAGCAAACAAUCCGACAAACACUUUGCUUUCCAUGGACUUAG